GCGAGCGAGUCGCGCCAGCGUACCCCGGUACCAUUCUCCUCUCGAAGCGCGGCUCGUCUCUUAGCUUGCCUGACGAUGCUUUGAGAGAACCGACAGGCGAAUGAUCAGCAGCAGUGGCGGAUUACGAAAAUACCCCUGCUCGAGGCAGAAAUUACGUGGCAUGCUUUGUGAAAAUAGAAAAGAAGAAGGAAGAGCUGAAGAAUCAGAACUUCUGAUUCCAGGAUAUCCUGAAUUUGUUUCAAUCCGCACAUUUCUGCUGUUAGAUCAACCGGAUUGCAACGAGAUGUGCUUACCACUGCCUAGUUGAGAAGCUUAACCAUAUUUCUCUACUAUUGGCUGACAAGAGGACCCUGUAACAACAUUGAGCAACAUUGAGCAACAACAUAUUACAUUUCUCCUGACCAAGAAUUACUGGUGGAAAUAAUGCUGGUGAAACAGUACCGUUGUGUACACUCAUCAACAUGCUCAUGCACAAAAGGUCAUCUCAGUGAGGAUGUAAUUUUCCUCAUUUUUCAACAACUGAAUUGGAACCCAAGGUUGAUUGCUACUCUUUCUUGUGUUUGCAAAUGGUUUGAUGACAUUGCUAAGCGCAUACUAUGGAAAGAGUUCUGCCGGACCAGGGCCCCAAAGAUGAUGCUUGAUCUGCAGUCCAGUGGAAGCCACAGCGUGGAUGGGAACUGGAAGGCACUCGGGAAGCUGCUCAUUUACUGCUCUGGGUGCAGCAAGGGAGGCCUUUUUAACAAUGUUCAAAUUCCCAGCCAUUUUGUUUAUAGGACGCGGUUUUCAAGGACGUCAGGGAAGAGUUUUCUUAUACCUCAAUGCAGGACAGAUGUGUUGUAUGUUUCGGACCCUUGUGAGCAUCUCGAUCAGGGGGAGGAGGGCGACCUAGGAUUUUUCCGUGGGGUUUUUAAGUCGUUCUCAGUUUCAAGGGUUCGUAAGAUGCUGAUUGACCAGGAGGCAAAGCUCCACCCCACGGAGGUCUGCCCGUAUUGCAAGGCGAAGCUGUGGAGCAUGCUCCAGGCAAAGAUGAUACCGAGGAGUGCCUGCAACAGAUUGGGUUCCUACGAGGAUUGCAUUGAGUACUAUGUGUGUCUGAAUGGACAUAUGCUCGGGAUCUGCACUCUCUUGCCCCUGUCUGAUUCAGAGGAGGCAUCUGAGUUGGAGUGAUGCUUGAAAGCAGAUUUAGGUUGUUGUCUGUUAUAAGUUCAAGAUUUUUUGUUCUCUCAAUGGAUCUUAUUGGGACUUGGAGGGUGAGUCAAAACUGCAACAGAGAUCUUCUUUUGUCUUCCGUUUUAAUGGCGCAUCAAUCAAAUCCAGCCGUCAUGUUUCCUGUGUGAGGGUAUAGAGGAAUCACUCUUUGGUCAUGCAACCUUAGGGUAAGCUGCUCUUCAAUCUUUUCUCAUUCUACUUACCUUAUUUGGCCACAAUCAAGUAUUUAUAUGGUGUAUUAUUGUAUGCAUGUGUUCAUCUACAGUUGUGUAUGUUGCCAAAUGCCAUCUUAUUCUAGGUACUAGUAUUGACCAGCUAUUGUUUAUCCUUAAGAAUUUAUUCUGUUGGAUCCAUCCGGAAAUGCUUAUCUUUUUAGGACUGGACCAUCAUUUGAAUGAUAGUGACUAUCCUCAGUA